UCCAGAUAGGGACAGGAAGCUCAGAGACGGAGCACCAGAACUCGCAUGUAACUUUAUGUGGCGUAAGAGACUGAAGGUUGUCUUGGCUUAAAGAGAGCAGAUGUGUGGCUUGUUUGUUAAGCAGAGCAGGUUCAAACACAGACACUUUGGCGUUACUGGUAUGCUUCAGGGUGGCUGUGAAUACACAGAGGCAGACCCGGAGCAACACGGCUGUGCUUUUCCCUCCCACAAGUCUUGACUUAAAACCUCUCAAGCUGGUUGAUCAUAUGAUGUUGCUCUCAAGCGCCCGGAGGGGAAAUGGCACCUUGUAAAAGCAUCAAGCCUAAUCCAGCAGGGGAGGACUUUUAGUAAAUAAGCAGCUUCAUCACCCCUCUCUAAACUUGACAAAAAGCUGGCAACUUUACUGCCUACGAGGCGCCGAUGGAGGAGGAGAACCUUUGUGCUUCUCUGCCGGUUGUUGUAGAAACAGAACUGACAUGUGACUCGCAGACCUCAGCGGAUCAGAGCAUAAAUGGAGAACGUGAGGAGCCGGGGUCUGGUGAUGGGGUAGAGAUGAGCGAGACACAUGCCUCUCCUGAAGAGGCAGAACAGCUGGAGGAAACUAUGUGGACUCUGCAGCCCGUCGCCUGCACCAGCUCCUCUAUUUCCUUCGCCAGUGUGGGAUGGGACAUGCCCAUCUUCUCCGCAGAGACGACUGACAGCAGCUUGGCCAAUCAGCUUUACUCCGAGGGCGUGACGAGUCUGAACUGCACUUCCUUCUCUCAUCACCAUCAGCCUCAAGAUGUUACUGCCGAGCCUUACGCGCAGGAGGACAAAGAGGAACCAGAUGAGUCUGAGGCACGGCCUCUAAACCCAGCUACUGAGAGCGCCGGAAAUGACUAUAAGCCAUGUGAUGCUGCAGAUGAGAACGAGCCAACGAAACAGGAAAAGGAAGAUUCAGCAGCAGAGCAGUCUGAAAGUAACACCGGGAUUUCAGAUUCAGAAGAAGAUGAUGGAAGCCCAGUAACGUCAGAUGAGGACCUAUUAAAAACUUCUGACAAGAUUCAAUGUUUAUCAGAAGACGUGGACACUUUUUUAGAUGUGAAACUCGAAAAGGAACAAGAGGUCAUAGUUCUGCUGAGUGAGCAAGAAGACUCGGAAGGAGAACAGGCCUCGACAAACGGUGUUGACACUGACGGAGCGACGGAGGACUGGAGCGAGGUUCCAGAAGAGAAGAGUUUAAGUAACAUUUCCGACGAGGAGGAACCGGCUCCGGCAGAUUGUUUUGAGACUACACGAGCGACCGAGGAGGAGAGUGGCGGACAAGAAGAGCAGAGCUUCACUGAUGUUUUCAACGAGGAGGAACCAGCCGCAGCAGAUUGUGUCGAAACACAGGAAGAGGAGCAUCAGAACGUGAGCGAAGAUGAGGAACGGCAGAGUUUGACCGACAUUUCCAAUGAGGAAGAAAGCGAGGAGGCAGAAACUGUCAGCUCUCUGAGUUAUCUGGAAGUAUCUGCAGAAGUGCCGCAAACUGACAACACUGGACUAAGCACACCUGCUGAUACGCCGAAAGAACUGCAAGAGCUUCCAGAGGACAGUGGACAUUCAGAGGACAAGAAGGACGCAGAGACACCGGAUCAGUUAGGUGACGAUCUCUCUGUGCUGCCUGAAGAAAUGUGUGAAGAAGUGGAGGAGAAAGUGGAUCCUGAGCUGUCAGAGUCCGAGGAUAACAACGAGGAAGUGUCAGAAGAGCAGGCAGAAAAAGCGGAGAGCGCAGAAAACUCAUCAGAUUGGGCGGAAGACCCUGCAAAUCUGGACGAGACAAACUCUUUAGAGCAACAGGAGUUUGACCAAGACAGAGCUGCGUCAGAGCCUGAACCAGGUGAAAUGAGUGAGGAGCCCAAGCAGAUGCAUCCAGAAGAGUCUGAUCAGCUUCAGGACCAGUCCCCAGAGAUGGCAUCACCAAACCAGUUAACCCCACAAGAAGCUCCAGCGGAUCAACCAGAGCAGACAGCUUGUGAUGAAGCUAAAGAGUCCGCAGUCUCAGGCAAUCCAUCAGAGCUGAAUGAGGUGCCACAGCAAACAUGCUGCUCGUCUGAGCAGCCGGGACCCUCAGACAAGACAAAUGAGUCAGAAAUGAAAGAACAGCUGUCGCCUGACAGCGAGGCUGUGCCGCGGGAUGAAGAGGCCGAGUCCAACCACGUGGGCCGAGAGGCUGAGAUGUUGGUCCAGACCGAAGACGUUGGGAUUACUGACAGUGAGAGCCCACCAGGAGUUGUGUCUAAUGGAGAUAAACACGAGGAUUCGGUGGCGCCUUACGUUAACGGGGAUAAGGUGGACAGAGAGAAGGCUCAGCGACUCGCUGAGCAACUCUUUAAGCUGGACAACAUCCAACGCUCAGAUGUGGUGAAACAUCUGGACAAAGAUAAUGACUUCAGUCAUGCUGUCGGAGAGGAAUACCUCAAAUUCUUUGAUUUCUCUGGCCAAACUCUGGAUCAUGCCCUCAGAUCUUUUCUGAAGGUCGUCAUAUUGAUAGGGGAGACCCAGGAGAGAGAACGGGUGCUGCAGCAUUUCGCCAACCGCUUCCAUGAGUGCAACCCCGACUCCUACUCGCCGGGGCCCGCGUUGGCUCUGACCUGCGCUUUGAUGCUUCUCAACACGGACUUGCAUGGACAGAAUGUCGGAAAAUCCAUGUCUUCUUCUAAGUUUGUGACCAACCUGGAUGGGAUGAAUGAGGGAGGGAACUUCAACAAGGAGCUGCUGAAAAGUCUUUAUAAUUCCAUAAAGAAUGAACCGCUGGAGUGGGCCGUGGAUGAGGAGGAGCUGAAGAACCUGGUGGAUGAAAGUGCAGGAGACGACGCUCCUCUGCGCUCAAAAUCCAACCCGUUCUUGGACGUUCCUCAGGACAAAAAGGCCACCAUGGUCAAACAGGGAUUCCUGCAGAGGAAGCUGCAUGCCGACAUCAACGGAAAACGCACUCCCUGGGGGAAACGGGGCUGGAAACCUUUCUUUGCAGAGCUGAAGGGAAUGACCCUUUACUUACAGAAGCAUGAUUAUCGCAGAGAUAAUCCGGUGACCGAGGACAUGGUGGGAGUCCAUCACUCCCUGGCUGAGCCAGCGAACGAUUACACCAAGAAGCCGCAUGUGUUCCGCCUGCAGACGGCCGAUUGGAGGGUUUUUCUCUUCCAGGCGUCAUCCAAAGCAGAGAUGUUUUCAUGGAUCUGCCGCAUCAACUUGGUUUCCGCUCUUCACUCGUCUCCUCCGUUCCCCGCCGCCGUCGGCUCCCAGAGGAGGUUCUUCAGGCCGAUACUUCCUGCCUCAAAAUCUGCACACUCUCUGGAACUUCAGCUGCAGUGUCACACAGGAAAACUGGAUUCCUUUAAAGCCGACCUGUUGCAUCAGCAGGAGAACCCGCCAGACAGCAAAAAAGCUAAAACCAGGGAUCUGGAGGAACACCGUGUCAGAACUGAGUACCUGCAGUUCGAGGUGUGUCGCUACGAGACCUACAUCCAGGUGCUGGAAGCCUGGAAGAGAGUGCCGAAGACUGGGGACGACACAUUGGCCAGCGCCGACCUGAAACUGUUUGACAAGGCUGCCUGUGGAGACUGCAUGGGGGAUGAAGACGAUGAUGAAGCUGGCCUGAAACGGUCUUACUCUAGUCCUUCUCUGGAUCUUGAGCUGACCUCUCCGACAAUAGUAAAAGUCAAACGUAAUAUCUCUGAGAGACGGACUUAUCGCCGGACCAUCGUUCCUCGAUUUAAGGAGGCCUGACAUGAAGCGAUUGUUGCGCCCAAAGACGCACUUUUAAUCAUUUCCGCUGAGAUUUUACAGCUAGUGAAGUAAGCUGUAAAGUUCACUAGUAAAAGGGGGCUUUUACAAAGAUGCAUGUAAAAGACCUCGCAGGAUUUUUUUUAUUUUUUCUAGUUCAUUUUCACGUAAAUGCAAAAUGCACAAUUGAUAAUCUCCAUGAAUUGAAAUGGACCUAAUUUGUUUA